UCCAGAUCCGCCGCCCCCCUCCCCCCCGGCACCCCCGCCCCCAAACCUUCCAACCGCCGCCCCCGUCGCCCCCAGAUCUUCCCACCGCCGGCGAGCGGCCGCGUUCCACUCGAUCAGAUCACUUUCGGCGUACCUCCCCACCACCGCAGCUCCUCUGCCGCCCACAAAUCCAGCGGACCGCAAGCCGCCGACGCCCCCAACCAUCCCACUGCCGACGGCUGCUCUCCAAACAAAUCACUGCAGCCAUUGCCCCCCAUCACGGCCGCCCCUCCGCCGCCCCAACAACCACCACACUGCCGCCGACCACUGCCUCGUCGCCCCACUCCAGAGCUGCGGGGCCGAGCACCUGAUUGACGCAGAGCACUACCGGCGGCUACCAUCCUCCAUGGAAUGCCUUCCUCGCCACCAACCUACUCGCGCGCUUCCUCCCCGAGCAGGCCUCCCCGCAAGCUUCACCGACCUCCAAGCAGCGGGUCUGCCUCGUCCUUCACACGCCCCCGAAGCAGUAGACCGUCGACCCUCCUCUCCUACGAGCAGCUCUGCCUCCUCAACAUCAUUUCCCUGGACAUCGUUUCCUCUUUGACAGGGGCUGCUGCUGCUGGUCGUCAGGCGAGGAGCUCGUCUCCUGCAGUCGUGGCUUCAUGGCCGCCUUUGUCGCGCUCAGCAACCAGCACCACCACCUCAAGGUCCGACCACGCCGACGGUGGGAGGGUAGCGACAAGGGGGCGGCCAGUUGGAACUGGAGGGCCGGCGCCGAGGGCCUGCCACUGUGAGACUCCACCGCCAAACACACCAAACCCAUGCUGAGUCCUGUUCUCCCAAAGACCUCUCUGAUGAUGGAAGUCGCAUAUCAUCUCUGGUUUUCUCUCCAUUGAUACUAGCAGCAGAUUUGGUCGACUUGAAAUUAAAUGAUGCAGUACUUGACCUGAUGUGCUGCAUGUAUAUCUCCGGUGCUGGCUUGCAUGUUCUUUGAUAUCAGGUCAGUGCUGCAUGUAAUUUGUUCUUUCUUAUUUCAGUUCCAUGUAUGUUUUUGGUCAUUCCUAAACUGCCAAUUCUAACCUUGGUAUUCCUCUUAUGCUGUAGUGGAUUUAUACAACUGUAUGAUGAUUAUUUGCUUUAAAAAAUACUCCUGGGAAGAUAAUCAGUUAGGGUCCAUGUUCUGAAGCUAGCAUAAUUGUGCACUAUUCUUCAGUAUUAUAAUCCUCCUGGGAAGAUGAUCUACUGCUCCUAGUAAUAAACAUUUGUUCUGAAGCUUCUGACUGAACAUUUGUUUCAGUAGCUGAGACUGAACAUUUGUUUUAGUAGAUUAGACUGAACAUUGGUUACUCUGAUUAAUCCAAGUUACUCCAAUUAAUCCAAAUUACAGUCACUAUACAGGAUAGACAAUUCAGUUUACAUGCUCAUCAAAUUGCAGAACAAACAUCCAAUUAAUCCAACUCGAUGAUCCACCGGUGCAAAAUUUGAAAUGAACUAAGCUGAGGACAUGAUUUUCCGGACGGAGGGAGUACUAUAUUAACUCCAGGGAUGAUGCUAUACAUGUUUAACUCAGUUUUAGUCAUAGCUUUCACCAGUAAGUUCUAAUUUGUUUCAAACUGAGCAGAUUUUGCAACAAAAGUUCCAUUUUGAAUUUCCCAACUGUUGCAGGUUUUGCUACAGAAGUUUACAGAGGUUUGGAAGAUCUUCAAGCUGCUGAAGAUUUGGAAGACCUAUGAUUAAGUUGGUGCAGUGAUCAUGUAAUAUGCUUUGUUUGUUGAACCUGGACACUUGCUCUGCUCAUUUUGCUGGUUAUGCCACUAUAUGCUCAUUUUGGUUGUGUGGCACCCUCAGAAAGAUAUGUACUUUCUCCUUUUGUGGCACAAUUAACAUAUGUGUACUAUACCUUUUGUGGCAGAACCUCCUUAUAUAUAUAGGAUUGUUAUGUUUA